CGGUUUCUGAUAUAGUAUACCCCACAGGAAAAAGCCUGCUCCUCCUCCAUUUCCAUACACAAACGUCUUCUUGAGAAUCAGAGCCCAAAACCCACCCCAGCCCCACCGCCACUACCACCUCCACCACCACCACCACCGCCUUCCUGUAAAAUCAACGAAUCUAAAAUCUCUCGUCUCUCUGUGUGUCAUCUAUGAAUUAUUCUUUCACAGCCAAGGAAAAAGAGCUCUCAUUUCUAAACCCUUGCUGAUCUCUGUCACCUCUCUCCUUCUCCGGCCAAUUCUCUAUCAUCCACUACCCACCAAGUAUUUCUACAAUUGGGCAGCCAAUUUCUUUUCACUUCCUUAUCUCCAUUCUAUGUCACCCAAUUUUGCCUUUAAUUUGCUUCUGCAACCCUAAGAUCUGAUGCAUUUUCUGUUAGUUCUUGUAAUUCAGUGGAAUUGAUCCUUAAACCUUGGGUUUAGAUAUAACCUCGUGGUUUGUAUUACACCCAUCGGCAUUUUAGAGGUUGCUUGAGUAUCAAUUGCCCUGCCAUUUGGAGGAAUUUUUGAGCUUUUUCUGUGAUUGUGCUGAUAAAAGAGUAGGGUUUCCUUGCUUUUGCGAAGAAUCGAGGAGUUCAAUGAGAUCAUGGGCGAUCUCAAGGUGGAUUUUGAUAAAGAGUUGUGUUCCAGGUCAAUAAACGAGACGGUGAAUGGGUCGCACCAGUUUACGAUAAAGGGGUACUCGUUGGCGAAAGGGAUGGGAGCUGGGAAGUGCAUAUCGAGUGAUAUUUUCACGGUGGGAGGUUACGAUUGGGCAAUUUACUUCUACCCUGAUGGAAAAAACCCCGAGGAUAGUUCUAUGUAUGUUUCGGUGUUUAUUGCCCUCGCUAGCGAGGGUACGGACGUGAGGGCUUUGUUCGAGUUGACGUUGGUGGAUCAGAGUGGAAAUGGCAAGCACAAAGUGCAUAGCCACUUUGAUCGUGCGUUGGAGAGCGGGCCUUACACCCUCAAGUAUAGAGGGAGCAUGUGGGGUUACAAGCGUUUCUUUAGGAGGACCACCUUAGAAAAUUCUGAUUAUAUAAAGGAUGAUUGUCUAAUCAUGAACUGCACUGUUGGAGUUGUUAGAACUCGUCUUGAAGGACCGAAACAGUAUUCAAUUCCUCUUCCACCUUCAGACAUGGGUCAGGGCCUUCGGGAACUGUUAGAAUCUGAAGUUGGUUGUGAUAUUGUUUUCCAGGUUGGGGAUGAAAACUUUAGAGCUCAUAAGUUGAUACUUGCUGCUCGUUCUCCUGUUUUCAGAGCCCAGUUUUUUGGACUUGUUGGGGACCCCAACCUAGAUAAAAUAGUUGUCAAGGACAUUGAUCCCUCUAUCUUCAAGGCAAUGCUAUUGUUUAUAUACACAGACAAACUUCCUGAUGUACAUGAGAUUACCGGCACAACUUCUAUGUGCACAUCCACCAACAUGGUGCAGCAUCUAUUGGCUGCUGCUGACCUUUACAAUUUAGAUCGACUGAAAUUGUUAUGUGAAUCAAAGUUAUGUGAGGAACUGAGUGCUGAUACAGUGGCGACAACGCUUGCAUUGGCUGAGCAACAUCAUUGUUCGCAACUCAAAGCCAUCUGUUUGAAAUUUGCUGCAAAUCCAGCAAACUUGGGAGCGGUAAUGCAAUCAGAAGGGUUCCAACAUUUGGAAGAGAGCUGUCCUUCUUUAUUGUGUGAGAUGCUAAAGACAUUUGCACUAGUGGAUGAGGAAUCAAGUAUGUUAUCAGGUCGGAAGAGGAGCGGGAGCAGCAUAUAUGGGCUAGAUCUAGCGGCUGAUGGGGCUGCAGCAGAAUCAAUGAAUCCCAAUGCCAGGCGAGUAAGGAGACGAUAUUAGGAUGUAUAAAGAUUGAGGAUACAGUGAUUGGGGCAGGUCAAUGCUGUAUGGGGCUUUCAUUUGCCGUGAAAAUCUGAAAGGCGAGUGAUAAAACUAACAGAAAAGGAGAAGAAAGUCUGGAAGUUUGACAGGGUCUGCUGUGUUAGGCUAUUUGCUUCUGAUAAUCUAAAAUAGGAUGUAAUUAAAAUUGUAAGAUAAUGUGGGGUGCACUGCAGUUGGUUUUUUUCUUUGGCUUGAACUAAAUAUUUUGCUGCAAAUGUGAUGUUACAUUGUAUUUAUUUAUGUGCAUUACUCUGAGGAAAUGAAGUGCGAAUGCUGUACCAAAGCUUUUUAUUA